UUGAGGACUAGCUCUGAUUAACAGCAGAUUUUAUUUUUUUAUUACAUAUCAUACUUAAAAAUAAAACGCACAUAUAUAUACACAUAUAUUCACCCACAUCGAAGAUGGAAGACGAAGACAGAUAUAUGACAUUGAAUUUACAAUUGAAAAAAAGGAGUUCCAGCCAAACAUCCCAAGUUAAAUCUAAAGAUGGUUCUGUGAUGUCACACUGGUAUAAAAUCUUAUUGGGAAUAUCAGGAACAGUAAACGGUAUACUGGUUUUGACUUUGAUCUCCCUAUCUUUACUGGUUUCUCAGGGAAUAUUGCUAAAAUGCCAAGAAGCAAAGAAUUCAAAUAUCACCCAACAUGAUGAUAUUGGAAACCUGAUAAUGAACAGUGGCACAAGAGGAAAUAUAAGUAAUAAGGAUAGAAGUUACUGUGGUUCAAAAGCUACAGGGUUGUGCCCAUCGGAAUGGCUCAAAUAUCAAAAAAAGUGUUAUUGGUUCUCUAAUGAAAUGAAAAGUUGGAGUGACAGUUAUGGGUAUUGUUUGGGAAGGAAAUCUCAUCUACCAAUCAUUCAGGACCAACUUGAAAUGGCUUUUAUACAGAAAAACCUAAAACAAGCAAAUUACGUGUGGAUUGGGCUUAACUUUACAUCCCUAAAGAGGACAUGGACCUGGGUGGAUGGUUCUCCAUUAGAUUCAAAGACAUUUUCCAUAAAAGGGCCAACUAAAGAAAAUAGCUGUGCUGCCACCAAGGAAAGCAAAAUUUAUUCUGAAACCUGCAGCAGUGUUUUCAGAUGGAUUUGUCAAUCAAUCAAUAAUCAAUGAUCAAAAUUUUUUGCCAAUUAAGUUUUAAUAUUAAUAUUAAGGAGUAAGAAUUUAAAAGCACAGUUAAAAAAUAGAACUGUGAUUAAACAACAAAAUGUCUUCUCUAUUUUCCCUCCAUCAUCUACAUGGAUCCCAACCUUAGAGUACACCAUGUAAACAAUUUAAAAUAUGCCCUUUCAAUGUUUUAUGUGGUAAUAUAAUAAAGUAUGAGUCCAUGCAUUCAUA